AUGGCUAAAGGAAAACCAAAGACCAAGUUUCCAGAACAAUACCCAGAAGAAGAUGAAGAUGCUAGAGCAGCGCGAGAAGCUCGAGCAAAGGCUCCUCAAGCCAAGCCGCACAGACGUGGCGGGGUUCAUACAGUCAAAGAUAAAGAUAAGACCGGCAGUAAGUGGGAUGAAAUGACGCGCGAUGCGAUGGUUGACGCUGCUCUACGUGAUCCUAUUUAUAUACCUUUUUUCGCAAACUUUAAAGAGACGAAACAGAAGGUGAAGGAUCUGAAGAAGCUGGUUCUGCUCCAGACUCUUGCAGACGCAGAUGAACAACUGAAAAGAAAAGCCGCGCAAGAGCGGAAGGAGGGUGUGAAGCUGAGAAAGGUGGCCGAGGCAAAGAGAAAAGAAGAGGAGGAGAAGCAACGGGCGGAACAGCGAAGAAAGGAGGAGGAGAGGCUACGGAGGGAGGAGGAAGGCCAGAUAGUGAGCGACGAGGAGGAAGAAGAACAGGAGCUUCCACAGGUCUACCUACGACAAGAGGACAGUGACACUAGCGACACGUCUACCACACAGUCCUUCAUCUCAUCUACCGACUCGCCAGAAAAGCUUCUUCGUAUCUUUGAAUGGUCCUUCGCCGAUCCGCCGUCCAGCGAUUACUGGCGCACGCCCCGUACUUGGCCCCAGAAGCAAGAGCUUCAACCCCGGCAGCUGCCUUACACGCCCAUGAACGUGGUUUCGAUACACGAGCGUGAAAUGUUGCACACGCCUGGAUUUAACUCUCAAGAUCGCGGGAUUGAACCGGAUCGCGUAUCAACUCUCUCACAGCACGUUCAGGACUGUGCUCGCAAUGGCGUGUUAAUUGGACCACUUGCGGGAGGUGUCAUUGAGAGCGGCUUCGACUGGAGCGAGCGCACUAUUGUGCAAGGAUGGAAUGGUCGGAUGUAUUUCAACCUACCACGUUCAGAGGGAGAUCUCGCAGAUGUCUACCGGCAAUGGAAGUCCAACGAGGCGAAGAAGAAACGUAAAUCUGACCGCAAGCCGUACCACGAAGCUGGUGUCAACAAGGCAGAUCCUAGGCUAAAAGCGAUAAGGCGAAAAGAACGACGCAAGCUCACAAGGAAUGUGUACAAGGCUAGCCAGUGGCGCCCCACACUCGUGUACCUUCCCGUCUAUCUUCCCUCUCGUGACUUCGAAGCACCGGACGGUAGUCCUAUAGGCAUGUUUUCUCCGGAACGAAAUGUAGAGAGCUUGUUCUAUAUCCGUUUGGAUGGCGAAAGUGUGCCAAGCUUUUUCUUCUGGACGGAACAGGACGCAUGGAAAGAUCCUACGGAGCCAAACCCAUCAUACGAAGAUUUCGAGCAUCAGUACGCGCGUCGCAACUCUGGGAACACAGUGUUGACACCUCGUCGUAUUUCCAGACUUGUUCGCGUAAAGAAGAUGCCCGCUCCACGUAGGUUCUUGCCAACCUUCACGAUACCUAGAGCAUCGAGUUACGAGACCGCGCUUUGGGCUAUCGAACGCGAUCUCUAUAACCAUGGCUUCCGAUCGACCCUACAACUGUAUCACAACAAGUGGCUCAUUGAGGAGAACAAGGAUGUAUGGGAUAAACUGACAGGCAUACUAAGACACCAACUUCCACCGAGUGGAAGAUUGCCAGCGCAUCCACCUGUGAGGCUUGAUUACGACCCCAGUAUGAUAAGCAUAGCAGAGAAGCUGGCGCGCGUGGAAGCCAUCUCUCAUUCACGCCCCGUUCUUCCCAUCUUCAUCAACGAUGAUUGGACAAGGAACGACGACGCCUACUGGACUAUCGAGGAACGUCCUAGAACCCCGGCCUCCGAUGGCAUGGAAACAGUUAUGCAAUAUGCCACUCCCAUAUCGCGAAAUGGAAGACCUGUCACACCGGGAACGCCGCAGUCCCUACAACGAAGGAUCAGCGACGUUUUCUCCUGGGUAUCUACUGUUGCGACUCCGGGCUCGCAGUUCUUUGACCCGCAGAUUCCAAGUGCGCCUGAGCAAAUUCAACAGGGGCUUGACCUCGCGCUCAACAUAAUGGCGGAUCGAGCACCUCCACACCAAUUUCGUCCUGAUAUGUGGAGGAUGAUGCAGGAAAGAUAUCGAUUGCAGGGUCAAGCGCCCGAAAUCUGUGCGCUUUGUCUUACGUAUCUUGGGAAUAUGCCACUAGUGGACUACGAACAGCACCUCAUGAACCACAUGGUGCACAUUGCCCGCUACUGCCCCUUCUGCGACGAACUGUGGCACUUAAUGGACGGCGAGACCAAAGCUAAACACGUACUCUGGCACCGCCAAAACGACGACAGCGACAAGAUAGGCCUUGCUCACCCACGCUACCCCGCUGAAAAGAUAUACAGGAGACGUCCAACGCAGACGCCUCCAGAACUGCAAGGCAACACCGCGGUGCCGAAUUCGGCCAUCCCCCCAGGGAAUCGCAGACCCAGCGUGAGAUUCUCCAACCAAGACGUAGGCCAAAGAACCGCGUACAACGACGUCGCCGGCUCCGCCAUCCCUACAGGAGACGAGGCUGAAAUGUCAACGUGGAAAACACGCUCGCGUCGAAGCAGUGAGAACUCGCAGACUGCGAACCAACCAGUCGCGAAAAAGUCCAGCUUUAAGAAGAAGUCUACUACAUUGAGGAUCAACACUGAUCAUAAUGGGCGCCGCACGCUGGAAGCUGAUCUGGCAGACAGUGACUGGUUGUAUCGUCCGGCGCAUGAUCCGCGGAGGAGAACGUCUGAGAAUUCGUAUAGUGGGGAUCCGAGGGUUCUGCAGCUGCAUACAUAUGUUGAUCAUGGGGAUGGGGGUGGAGAUGAUGGUGGGGAUGUUGAUGAUGAUGAUGAGUGGCCUGCGCAGCCUGGAAGACUGCAGACAGGUGGGAAGGUGAAGCCUGGAAAAGUGGCUUCGGGGCAAGUUGUAGAGGUUGGAAGUGGGGAGGAGGAUGACAAUGACGAUGAUGAGGAUGGAGAGAAGGAAGAUAAAGACGACGAAGGGGAUGAGCCUGACGAAGGCGAUGAUCACGAUGAGCCAGAUGAUCCCGGGCAUGGGGACGGAGGCCACGCUGAGAAUGAUUCGGAUGGACAUAGCAGCACCGACAUUGACGAUAAUAGGCCUGCGAGUCAUGCGUCUAGUAGUAGGCCAACGACCAGCUUACGGGAUAAGAGUAAUGCUGCCGGAGAGGAUGACGCGGAAGGAGGCGGAAGUGUACUGCCAAACAGCCGCAAGAGGUCACACCCAGCUACGGGUGGACAGCCUCCUACCGGCCUCGUGAGCUCGUCGGGAGUAACAAAGCACAAGAAGCGGCCUUCUAACGGCUCCGAGGGAGCGAGUCCAAACAAGAAACGGCGACAGAGCGGAGAUAGAGACGGACCAAACAAAUCACCCACAGUUUCGCCGCUCACGCCGAAGAAGUCGCCGUCGAAUCGGCCUCCUCCAUCUGGUGGAGGUGGAGGUGACAGCGACAACGACCCCUCUGAUGACGAUAACGAUAAUAACAACGGUGGUGGAGGUGGAAGACCAGAUCGACGACCCCCCUCAUCUCACAAGUCCAGCUCCUCAAAACGAAAGUCAACCUCUUCCUCAGGCAGCCCCGCCUUCGGACCUGCUCCCCAUCCGCCUUCCUUUCCCAGGCCUUCAGGCUGGCCAGCAUGGCCGGCUCCCACUCCUCUGUGGUAUAAUGUCGGACCGAACCCGAAUGCAGUCCCACAGGAGGAAGGCGAAUACGACGACGCGGAGGUAGACGAUCUAGCCGAGGAACCCCCAGAGGUCCUCGAGGGCCUCUCUAUAGAAGAGGCGCACGCAUUGAUGAGCAUCAAGACGGGGAAGAGGCCACACGUCCCGGCUGCUCAUAGAGAGAGACCUCGAAGCGAGGCGCACGUCGGAUCUAGCUUUUACCGUUCGGAGGCUCCAAGUCCAUCGUCGAGCCUCGCAAGAGCUGAAUACGCGCGGCGUAACCAAAUUGUUCCUCCGAAUACACCGGCCGUUGCUGGUGGACUGCUUGACGGGGUCGAAGGACAGGUGUCGCAGCUGCCGAGCCCGGGGCAGGUCAGUGGUAUGACUAUCAGGGAGCAAAUUGCUGCUUCUACGUCGGGUGCGUGGACGUAUCGUCGUCCGCCGCAUAAGUCGAGUACGCACAUUUCGAAUAGCUCUGCGUCGGCUACAGAUUUCGUAAAGAGGGUGCAAGAGAGGGUGGAGGCGAAAAUGGCGAAAGCAAGCGCGGAGGCGAAGAGGAGGGAAGAGGCGGAGAAGGCGGCAACGAAGAAGGCUGAAGAAGCGCUGAAGGAGAGGGUCGAAGAGGAUCCGGAGGUGGUGGAGCGGAGGAAGAGGGCGUGGAGAGAGCAGAGGGACAGGUUGGAGGAAGAGCGGAUGGAGAGGGUGAGGAAAGCGCUGGCGCAGUGGGAUGACAAGGAGGAGGAGGAGCCAGUGGAGGAGGUGGAGAAUGAGGAGCCGGUGGAGGAGGAGAACGAGGAGCCGGUGGAGGAGGAGAACGAGGAGCCGGUGGAGGAGGAGAACGAGGAGCCAGUGGAGGGGAACGAGGAGCCAGUGGAGGAGAACGAGGAGCCAGUGGAAGAGGACAACGAGGAGCCGGUGGAGGAUGACGAGGAUCUCCCCGCCGUGGAGUCCAUGCCAUCGACGAAGACGAGACAGAAGCCCAAGGAGAAAGCUGAGAACCCAAAGCCAGGGAAGAAGAAUUCCCCUCCACCGUCUGAAGACGCCGAAGAGGACGAAGAUGAGAUCGCUGUCUCUGAACCUAAGCCUAAGCCUAAGCCUAAGCCGACAAAACCCACUGCCGCAAAAAAGAAAGCGAAUUCUUCAAAGAGCGCUGCAAAUACUGGGAAGAAGAAGGUCGCCGUAUCGGCCGAGGUCCCAGAUGCGGACGAGCUGCCUGAUGAUGAACCUUCCGAAGGUGAAGAAAGCGAUGAGGCGGAUGUCAGCGAAUAUCAACCUCCACGUCCCACGGGAGCAAAGAAGGGAGCCAAGAAGGGAGCUAAGAAAGCUAGACCCGCGGCGAAGAAGGCGGCAGCUAAGAAAGCAAAGCCACCGACCAAAGCGGCUGUCAAGAAGGCCCAGCAACCGAGGAGACGGUUGACUGAAGCGGAAAAAUUGGAGAGGGACGCAAACGCUUGGAAGAAAUGGUAG